AUGAGUGCUAAAGUUGUUGAAAACUAUUCACUUCUUGAAGUUAUUGGUUCAGGUUAAUAUGGUAAAGUUUAUAAAGCUGUGAAUAUUAAGAAUAAUAGUUUAGUUGCAGUAAAAGUUGUAAAAAUAGAAAAAUUUAAAGAAGUUCCUAAACUAGAAGAAUUCACAAUGAAUGAAAUUCAAACACUUGCUAGAAUUAAUAAUCCUCAUGUUGUUAAAUUUAUUGAAAUGUUAAAGAGUUCUCGAAAUUACUAUUUUGUAUAUGAAUACUGUAAUGGCUCUACUCUUGAAACUAUCAUUUAAGAAUAAGGGUAAACAAUUUAUAUUUAAUAUUAUCUAGAGUUUAAACUGAAAAAGAAGCCUUAUAUUAUUUUAGAUAAUUAGUUUAAGCCUUUUAAUCAUUAAUCUCAGAAAAUAUUAUGCAUAGAGAUCUCAAACCAAGUAACAUUAUGUUACAUAAUGGUUAAAUUAAAUUAGGUGAUUUUGGAUUUUGCAAAGCUUUGAAUACUCCUUAAGACUUAUCUUCAACUAUGGUUGGAUCCCCUAUUUAUAUGGCACCUGAAAUUUUAAAAGGAUAAGAAUAUACUAUCAAAGCCGAUAUCUGGUCAUUGGGUUGUGUUUUAUAUGAAUUAUUAUAUGGAAUCUGUCCAUUUGAAGAAAAAACUAUGGCAUAAUUAAUGUUAGCAGUUGAAGAAAAAGAAAUAUAGUUUUUAGAUAAUGUUAAUGUUGUAUCAUAAGCUACUAAAGAUUUACUAUUGAGAAUGUUAACAAAAGAUUACAAUAAAAGAAUCAAUUGGAAAGACUUAUUUGAAAGAGAACUUACAUAUGCUGAACGUAAUCAUUAUUUAUAUUAAUUAGGAAUUAAAAAUACUGAAUAAUAACCAAAUUAAAUUUAAUAAGAACUUACUUUAAAUUCUUAAAGGAAUAAAGAAUCGAAAGCCUUUAAAUAUUUAUUAAUGGAAAGAAAUAAAAUAUUUUAUCUUUAUAAAGUUGUAGAAGAAGUCUUAGAAUUGAGUAAAGAUGAAGUAUAUACAUUUCUAUCAUUUUUAGAGGGAUGAAUAAAGAGAAUCUUAAAGUGUUUUUUGUGGAUAUUUAAUUGUUAAAUAUAUUUGCUAUUUAAUAGAAAUCAUUAGAAUGAAUUUAGUUGAAAAAUUUAAUGUUUCAGCUUUUCCCCAUUUAGCUAAAAAAUAUGAAUUAUAAAAUGAUAUUACUAAAACUUUUGAAUACAAAAGCUUUUGUACCUUAAUUUAAAAAGAGGUUGAAACAGCUAGAAAAAUGUUUAAACAUUAUUAAGAUGAAGCAGAUAAGUUCUUUAAAUCUUAAAUUAAUGGAUAACACAUCUAUUAAGGAACAGAAUUUGCUCAUUUUGAAAAUGAAUUAUAAAGGGAAUUAACUACAUCUGAAAUUUCCAUUACAUUUAUGAAAAAAUUAGUAUUAAAAUAUUGCGAGGAUAUGAAAAGUUAAUAUCUCCAGUAAUUCUUGGAUAAAAACUCUUCAAUUGGAAGCAAGUAUCAAUAUUCUUUAAUUUAUAAGAUAAUUAUUGCAUAUAGAAAAAACAUUAGAAUCCUUAAUUCUAGACGAAUUUUUUGAAAAUUGCAUGGACAUCUAAUAAAUAGAUUUAGAACAACAAAACUAUUUUACAAUUUUAAAUAAGUAUUCAAAGGCUGAUUUAUUGUAAGUUAUAACUAAUAAAAUGGAUUAUAUCAGACAUAAAUUAUAUAAAUGA